GAGCUGGGCUGACACGGCUUUUACUUCCAUCCCUUCCCAUGCGGCGGCCUCUCCGUGUGUGCAGCCUGCUUCGCAGACUGCUGAGACGGUCUGAAGGAGGAUCAGAAAAUGCAGUCUCCCACGAGAGCAGCUGGGCUCCAGGUUCCUCCUCCCAAAGUUUUCCCCUGAGCUUUCUGAAUGUACAGGAAGUAGGGGCUCAGCUCCAAAACCCUUUUCCCCAGCCUACAGGGCCUAGGUCUGGUAAUGAAGUCCUAAAUCCCAAAUGUGUGUGUCAUUCCCAAACUAUUAUCAACUGACGUAUUUCGGUUGUGUGUAUUUCAGACAUCCUCUGUCGUUGUUUUUCUCCAGGACCAGUUGACUUUCAGUGAUGUGGCCGUUGAUUUCUCUCCGGACGAGUGGGAAUGCCUGGACCCUCCGCAGCAGAGUCUGUACAGGGACGUGAUGUUAGAGAACUACAGGAACCUGGUGUCUGUGGCUCUUUCUCAUCAUUGUUCCCAGAACUUUCCACCAGAACAGAUCCUAAAACAUUCCUUUAAAAGAGUGACUAAUGGAAGACUUGGAAGUCACAGCCUUAAGAGUUUAAGAAAUUGGGCAGAUUCGGAUGAGAACCGAGGUCAAACAGCCUGCCGCGGUGGACAUAACCGGCGUGUGCUCACUAGCAAUAGCAAAGCUGUCACUGACAAUGGAGACCGGAAACAGAAAACAGCUAUGACAAGAACUCACACUAGGACAGGUACUUUCGGUGAGACACGUAUCUAUAAACAAAAAAUUCCACAGGAAACUUUUCAGCAUAACUCAACUUUGAAAAGAAGUUUGGAAGACCUGAAAGGGGGAUUAAUCUUGCACUCAAACAUUUCCACAGACAACAAAGCGAGAAACAGAGAACCGAUCUCUAGAACUAAUCAGGUAGAGACUUCCAACCCUGAAAGAUCCUUACUCUUCAGUCAGCAAGUAGAUCUCUCCUGUGGCCGAAUGCACAGUUCUAAUGACUGUGGGCUACUUGCCCUGGAUCCAUUAUUGCAUACCCAAAAUCCAGAUGCAGAUAUUUGGAAAACCACAAACAUGUGUGAAGAAACUAGUGAAGCUUUCAGGAAUGGCUCUACACUAAAUAAUUGCAAGGAUAUGAUUACUGUAAAGAAAUCUGGUCAGUGUAACAAAGUGCAUAAUAACUUUAACCGUGGCUCAGGUCCCAACAAACAUCAGUUUACUCUGUUUCCAAAGAACCUUUUCAGUUGUGAAAAUUUCUUUUCCCAGGACUCAAAGCUUACUGCCCAUCAGUGUAACUAUAUUCAAGAUAAUCAUUACAAGCAUAUAGAUUGUGACUCAACGUUCAAUCAAACCUCAAACCUUACUACACAUAAAACUCAGUAUGCCCAGAAAUCCUACAAAUGUAAAGAAUGUGGCAAAGCCUUUAAGUAUUGCUCAAGUUACACUAAACACAGCAUAGUUCACACGGGAGAGAAACCCUACAAAUGUAAAUUAUGUGGAAAAUCCUUUACCCAGUGUACAAGCCUUAAAAAACAUCAGAGAAUCCACACGGGAGAGAAACCCUACAAAUGUGAAGAGUGUGGCAGAAGCUUUAACCACUGCUCAAUUCUUAGUCAGCACCAGAGAAUUCAUACAGGAGAGAAGCCCUACAAGUGCAAACAGUGUGGGAAAUCCUUCACUCAGUGUGCAAGCCUUAGAAAACACGAGGUAAUCCACACUGGAGAGAAGCCCUACAGGUGUGCAGAAUGUGGCAAAGCCUUUACCCAAAGCUCAACACUUAGUGAACACCAGAGGAUCCAUACCGGAGAGAAACCUUACAAAUGUGAACAGUGUGGGAAGUCCUUCACCCAGUGCUCAAGCCUCAGAAAACACCAGAGAAUUCACACUGGAGAGAAGCCCUACAAAUGUGAAAACUGCGGCAAGGCCUUUAACUGCCGUUCGUCUUUUACUAAACACCUGAGGAUCCACACCGGAGAGAAACCUUACAAGUGUAAAGAGUGUGGCAAAGCUUUCAUCCAUUGCACAAACCUUACGCAACACCAGAGAAUCCAUACGGGAGAGAAACCCUACAAAUGUGACGAGUGUGGGAAAUGCUUUAGUCAGUGUUCAAACCUCAGAAAACACCAGAGACUUCACACAUAAGUAAAACCAGCAAAAUGUGAACAAUGUAGUAAACCUGUACCCACAAUUAAAAGCGUGUUUGAUGUCAUGAUUCAAACCGGGAGUGUGCCCUGCAGAAGCAGUGAACAUAACGUAGCAAAGUCUGUGACUCAUUCACAAGUUUCUCACUGUCAGAGAAUUAGUUCUUCCUGCAGAGAAACCCUACCAAUACAAACAAUACCAAAUCCUUAAAUGUUUACAAUCCUCUGCUAGGCACCACCGUCACUUUAGAAAGAAACACAAAUGAUGUUUUUUUAAUGUGGGAAAAAAAUUAAAUUGCUGCUCAUCCCUUACUGAACAUUGAAUUCACACCUGAGACAAACCCUGCAAGUGUAGAAAAACGUGCCAAAGACGGUCGCCAUUUUGCACACCCUAACACCAGAGUUUAUAUUAGAAUAAAAACUAUAAAUAUACCAAAUGUGUCAAAGCCUUUAAAUCAAGGUACAAAGCUUUUUGACAUCAGAGAGCAUGGUAGUUUUUACCCUUGUCCCAAAUGCACAACUCAAAAAAAAAAGUAAAAUACUUAUAUUCUGUGCAUGUGUAAAAAGUGAAACAGAACCUUUCUUUAUAUAUGGGCUCUCACUGUAAUUGAUACUAGAGGUCCACAAAUGCAAAUAAUGUUGUAAAACCCUUUGUUGUUGCUUCAAACAACGAAGUAGUAGUAGAAGCUGUUAAUUAAUCUGGUAGAAAAAAAAAAACCUCAUGCUCUCAAGUACCAACAACUCACUACUCACUUCUCAAAGCAUGUAAUUGUAUUACAUAUUAAAAGUCUCAAUGCGCUCACUCAUGAAAACUGGAAGAGCACCAUUUUCAAAUACAUGUCAGAAGAACAAGACUCCUCUGAGCGUUUGUUUGUACUGAGUGGUUCUCCGAAAACCAUACAACACAUUUUCCUUACUCAGGAUAAAGUUCUAAGUGGCAAAUAUUACUAAUAUACAAUGGAAUGGCCUCUAUUGUUCAUUUCCCCCACGAUUGUCAGGUGAUUUUUCUUUUCCUAAAUGGGCAAAAUGUGGCAGGCUUAGAGGUUUCAGAGUAUUGCAGGCUGAACCCACUGUCUGCCAAGGAUAGGAGGGAGAAAAAGAUUCCUGAGGUUCUCUUGCAGUCCCAGCCUCCGACUGUGAGCAGGUCCAAUACAUCCCCUUGCUAAGCAUCCAAUCCUUCUUAGACAUAGUGAAGGCCACAAGCCAAGGAUGAGAGCAACUCUGAGGGCUUUGUGUCCCUUGGACAGACCAAAAGGUGGUACCCACAUGGCAGCUCAAUAUAAAAUAGUUACUGCUGCUACCAUCCGAAGUUAAUCGCCCUGGUGAAUAAACAGAUUCUCAGUCCACUGCAAGGUUAGUGCCACCUGCAAGAUUUACCAAUGUGCUAUGAUGCCACUGACCUAACUGGGAAACCAGGAAGGACCACGCACUCCACAGUGCCCACAAAGAAAGGAUGCCAAGCACCUGAGACUUGACUCUACAAACCCAGGUAGUUUGGGAUAGGUGAGAGGUGGGGGUAGUUUUGAAGUGUAAAUGGCCACCUUCUUGAAACUUCAACUGGCCUUUUCUCACAGCCAUGCAGCAUCUAGAAAGGCACUGGAGACCAGGGUACAUGGAGGGGAGGAUCAGAGAGACUCACCUAGCUAAACCCUGACAAACAAUAUGUAGAAUCUGGUUAAGUGGAGAGAUUUGAUGUGGUAUUAAAUAUGCCUCUAGGUUGGGGUAAUACUAAAAGGGUCCUGACCUGAUCCUCAAGUUUGGGGCAUCCCAAGAGGUGCCCUGUCUAUUUGGGGACACUGUAUGUGAGACAGAGUCUAGGUCAGGGUGGAAGAGAAUAUCAGGCAGUCAGCCAGACUUGUCCUGGUGAAGAGUGUAGAAUCUGGCUGGCAAGAGGUCUGGUGUGACAUGGGAAAGGACUGUAGGUUGGGAGUGACAAGGGUCCUCUAGGCUUUGAAGGACAAUUUAGAACUCCCUCCCUCUGCCUCCUGAGUGUUGGGGCAGCUCUGUGUCCCUGCUGCCGGGGCCUUCCCUUUAUGUUGUUUUUAAUCACAGCAACACAAAAGAAACAGAUACAGGGUCCUCGGGUCAAUCAAGCAUCCAAAACAAACAACAGAGUUCAAAGACAUUUGGCCUUUUACAAGAGCCACAGAAACAAUGGUUCUUUUUCAUUAUUCAUAAUUAUGAAUAACACUCAUGACGAAUGAAGAGUAGGUGUGCUCAGGCCCUUAAAGUUACAAAGCUUGAGAAACUUCCUUGCGUAGGAUCGCAGGUUCACGCCAGCUGCCUGUGGCUCCUGUUAAACAGUAUUUAAGUGAGACUCAUAAAUGAAUCCACUAGCAUCUGGGCCCAUAAGAUCUGACAUGGGUGAGCACACGUGUGCCUGGUAGGUAUUUUCUACUACUCUUUCUAGCAUCAGUAGCAAUAAAACCAAUGCAGAAACCCACUAUAAGGGGUGGAGUAGGAUGGUGUAAAAUUCGGAACCUGUUACCUUUAGCCUGUGAAGCUGGCUGGUUUUUCUUUCUUUGAAUUUAUUUUUACUUUGUGUAUGAGGGUUGCAUGUAUGUAUGUAUUCCAUCAGUUGUGUGUCUGGUACCCACAGAAGUUGAAGGGAGUAUUGCAUCCCUUGGAACUGGAGUUACUGAUGGUUUUGCAACACCAUGUGGGUGCUGGGAAUCGAACCCAGGACCUCUGAAAGAGCAACAAAUGCUCUUAAACACUGCACUAUCUCCCCAACUCCUAUUUUUUAAAUAAAAUAUUGCCUGUG